UUACACGUAACUGAUCCAAAUUUUUAGUUGAUACGCGACCAAAAGAUUUCGUUUAACUUGUUUGUUUACCAACCCAAUUUUACGCUAGCAUCAACAAUACAAAUUUCUAGAGUCAUGAACAAUGAACAUUCUUAUCUGAGCGACAUGCAGCAGAACUGUAAACUGUAUGGGAUGGUUGAGAUUGACAAGCUGCGGUCCGUGUGGAAGGCCCGCAAGUUCGCCAUCCAGGUGCCCGACGCGAUCGUGCAGAGCGGGCUGCUGCCCUCGAUCUUCGACUGGGCGCUGUUGGGGCAGCUGAUGCCGGCGGAGCAGGCGAGUGGGGAAUCGCUGCUGCAGCAGCGCAUCAACGAUCUGGAGCUGUUGAAUAGCUUGACCACGUCGCUGCAGCGCAUCCAGAUAGUGCCGGAGAUGGGGCUCGAUGUGGACGUGAUUAUGGGCAGGCCCAGCUACAAUGUGCUCGUCCAGGACGACGGCCGCAUAUUGGUCAAGGAGCUGCCCAGCCUGCAUAUCCAUGUGCAUGCCGGCGAGACGCGAGCCGCCGCUGGCCAGGACUGCGACAUGCCGAACGAGGUGAACAUCAUGGCCAUCGAGCAGCGCAAACAGAUGGCCACGCUCGUCACCCACAAGGCGAAGCUCUUCACCAGGACCCUGACCAUGGCCGACGGCUCGAAAAUUGCCGAGCCGGAGGAGCUGCCGGAGGAGCGGCCCAAAUUGGGCCACGAUCCCAUCGAGGAGCUGAUCGAAUUCGAGGAGUUUCUGGAGCGCACCUGCAGUAUGUCUGGGCACCGCAACCUGCUCGAACAGCAGCUCGGCCGCAGAUACCAACAACAGCAACAGCAACAUGCAGUUGUACGAAUACUGAAUGCU